AUGAGCUCUGCAUUCAACCUCCUCACAUCAGGAGCACGGUUCGACCGCUCCCGCUUCUCCAAGGACAUUGACCUCUUCAACGUAGGUCACUGGCUCUCCAUGACGCUGACCCGCCAGAAGAAGGAGUCGUCCAAGAAGGGCAAGGGCAAGGCCAAGGAGGCUGCUCUCCCGGCAUCGCUCAACUUCUUUGGCGACAAUGCGGCCUCGAAGCCUGCUGCGAUGGAGUCCGAGUCCGAGUCCGAGUCGGAUGCCUCGUCGUCGUCCACGCCCAUCCCAGCACCACCACAACAGAAGAUCACUCUGACCGGGCCGGACCCACUGCCGACCUCGCUCACGACGGACCUCGCCUCGCUCUUCCGCUCGUCACCAGGUGCACCACUACGCAAGCCGCUCCUCCGUGCGCUUGCCGACGCCAAUAUCCACGGCCUGUGGGGCGUGCAGUGCGCUGUUGGCGGCUCGCUACUGGAGGGAAAUGACACCAUGUGCAUCGCACCCACGGGUUCUGGAAAGACGCUGUCAUACCUGCUUCCUACGCUUGUCGCCCUCGGUCAGCCAGCGCGCAAGCUCGGUACGGGUCUUGGCAUCCGCUCCAUCGUCGUUGUGCCGACGCACGACCUCGCUGUCCAGAUCCAUGGCGUUCUGAAGGCCGCCACGGCUCGCGGCAAGUGGAGGUGUAUCGUCCUAUCCAAGGCGACCCAGAAGGCAGUAUGCGACUCUGCACCUGGGGAGGCGACGAGCGACGAGGAUGAUGACGAGGCGGAGGGAAGCGACGCUGAGAGUGCAGACGGCGAGGGCCACCUCGGAGUGGAUGUGCUCAUUGCUACUCCUGAGCGGUUGCACCAGCUCAUCGAGGCGAAGAAGAUUUCUCUUGCUCAGACAAAACACAUCAUCCUCGACGAGUCGGACCGUCUCCUCUCCCCUGACUUCCGGCCGCAGGUCGUGCCCAUCGUCGGCGCGUGCACCAACCCGGACAUCCAGAAGUGUCUCCUUUCCGCGACCAUGCCUGCCGGCGCCGAGGAGCUCGCUCGCCGCUGGCUCAAGGACGGCGGAGUGCGUGUCGUCGUCGGUGUCAAGGACUCUGCUGUCACGACCGUCGACCAGUCGCUCCUGUACACCGGCUCGGAGGCAGGCAAGAUCCUCGCACUCCAGAACCUCGUCAAAGAGGGUGGCCUCCCCUACCCAUCGCUCAUCUUCGUUCAGUCGAUCGAGCGUGCGGACGAGCUCUCGAAGCAGCUCGUAAUGGACGGUGUGCGUGCCGAGGCAGUUCAUUCAUCAAGGAGCAAGACGAAGCGCGACGCAGCCAUUGCCGCGUUCCGCGAGGGCUCGGUCUGGGUCCUCGUUGUCACCGAGGUGCUUGCGCGCGGUAUGGACUUCCGCGGCGUCAAGGUGGUCAUCAACUACGACUUCCCGCAGACUGUCCAGUCGUACAUCCACCGCAUUGGACGAACAGGCCGUGCCGGCCGCCCAGGCAAGGCCAUCACCUUCUUCUCUACCGAGGACGGGCCCUACCUCCGCACCAUCGCCAACGUGCUCCGCGCCAGCGGCUGCCCCGUGCCCGAGUACGCCCUCAGCAUGCCCAAGCCCAGCAAGAACCUCAAGCGCAAGCUCGCCAAGGCGCCCGUCAAGCGCAAGGCUGUUGGCGGCGGCGGACGCGAUGUGGCCAAGGAGAUGGGCAAGAAGAAGCGCGAGAUGAUCGAGGCGAGCAAGAGGAGGAAGCUGAAGGAGGCCAAGGAGGGGGAGAAGGCCGAGGGCAAGGGGGAGUAG